CAUGCGCGUUGCUUCACUCCUCCCGCUGGCCGCCACGGCCACGGCAGCCACGGCAGCCACCUCCGGCUGCACCACUCUCCAGCAAUCCUUGUCCGACGAAGUCUUUGCUCCCAGCACCGAUGUCUACAAAUAUGAGGCGCAAGACUUCUGGUCCAACACGGAGAUCAUGUCGCCGGGAUGCGUGUUCCGCCCGCAAUCGGCCGCGCAAUUGGGGGAGGGCGUGAAGGCGCUGGUGGAUGCGAAUGCGCAGUUUGCGGUGCGCGGUGGUGGUCAUAUGGGAAUUCGGGGCUCGAAUAAUAUCGAUAACGGAGUGCUGAUCGUCAUGUCGAACUUGACGACCCUCGUGCUGUCGGAGGAUGAAUCUAUUGUGUCGGUUGGACCGGGUUAUCGCUGGGCCGACGUCUACUCCUACCUCGAAUCCUACGGCCUCGCUGCAGCCGGUGGCCGACUCGGUCCUGUUGGCGUUCCUGGGCUGCUUCUGGCCGGUGGAGUCAACUUUUACGGCAAUCAGGUGGGUUUCGGUUGUGACACCGUGGUGAACUACGAGGUGGUCCUGGCCAAUGGCACCGUCGUGGAGGCCAACCGCAAUAGCCACUCGGAUCUGUUCUGGGCGUUGAAGGGAGGCAGCAGUAACUUUGGCCUGGUGACCCGGUUCGAUAUGGAGACGAUUGAGUCGACCAAGGUCUGGGCGGGAACGUAUACUGUGGCUGGGGAGUAUGUGGAACAGUUUUUGAAGGCCGCAGCAACCUACGCCGCCAACAUCUCCGACGCCAAAACCCAUAUCGUACCCGCCGUGGUCCCCGAAGGCAACACGACCGUCGGAUCGGUGAUUCUCUUCUACGACAGCGCCACGGAGAGCUACCCCGAGAUCUUCAAGCCGUUUACCGAUAUCCCAGCCAUCAGCAGCACCUUGGGCUUCAAGACCUUGUCCGAGUUUGCCACGGAGACGGGUGCCCUUGUUACGCCACACAUCAAUGACAUCUUCGUCGCCGGCACCAUCAAAGCCACCGACUACACCUCUCUCUACAACGGCAUCGCCCUCAUCAACAACACCUUCUUCAACCAACUCCCCAAACUCACCGCCCAAAUCCCCAGCGCUAACAUCUCCCUCAUCGAACUCGACUGGCAACCCAUCGGCCACAGCUGGCUGACCGCCUCGGAAUCCCGCGGCGGAAACGCUCUCGGUCUCGACUCGAACCAGAUCUACCUCUGCUACGCCGAAGUGGUGGAAUGGAUCGGCGAAGCCUAUGAUGACAUCGUGGACGCAUGGUUGCAGGAAACCACCGAGAUGAUUAACAAUGCCACCAAGAAGGCGGGGCUGUUUGAUGCGUUCAAUUAUAUGGGUGAUGCUGCCGGGUGGCAGGAUAUUUUCGGGGGGUAUGGGGAGAAGAAUUUGGAGAGGUUGAGGACGGUGGCGAAGGAGUAUGAUCCCAAUGGGGUGCUGCAGAAGGAUGGUUUGAUGAAAGGAGGGUUUAAGGUUUUUAACUAGACCUUAAGUCCUCUUUUCUAGAAAUUGGGGAAAUAGAUAUGAAGUAGUAUGUGAUAGGGGUAAUGUGGGGUAGCUCAGGGGUAUGAUUGGAAUGCUUAUGGUAAUGAUAGACCGGGACUGG